CUACCGUGGACACCUCGGUAGAAACGAACCUCCCUUAAAGUUCCUGGGGGAAGAGUGAAGGGACCCGGACAAACCACGGGAAGGGGGCCAAGAUUAAGCUCACAGGAUAAAUAUUUACACAUCAUUCUUCCCGGGAGGACUGGUGUUAAAGUGAAUACAAGGUGCAACACGGAAAACCAAGGUCUCCACUGCCCGAGAACGUCAGAAAAUAAAGAAAAUGGCGGAGCCGGACAAAUUAAACAUCGACUCUAUAAUUCAGCGUCUGUUGGAAGUCAAGGGCUCUCGGCCAGGGAAGAAUGUCCAGCUGACGGAGAGCGAGAUCCGUGGCCUUUGCCUCAAGUCCCGUGAAAUCUUCCUGAGUCAACCAAUCCUGCUUGAGCUUGAGGCUCCCCUCAAAAUCUGUGGUGAUGUCCAUGGUCAGUACUAUGAUCUGCUCCGGCUGUUUGAAUAUGGAGGCUUCCCCCCAGAAAGCAACUACCUGUUCCUGGGUGACUACGUAGACAGAGGGAAGCAGUCGUUGGAGACUAUAUGCCUGCUUCUAGCUUACAAGAUUAAAUAUCCAGAGAACUUUUUCCUGCUGCGUGGCAACCAUGAAUGCGCCUCUAUUAAUCGAAUCUACGGCUUCUAUGAUGAGUGCAAGCGACGGUAUAACAUUAAGCUGUGGAAGACCUUCACAGAUUGCUUCAACUGUUUACCUGUGGCUGCCAUCGUAGAUGAGAAAAUCUUCUGCUGUCACGGAGGCCUCUCUCCUGAUCUUCAGUCGAUGGAGCAGAUCCGCAGAGUAAUGCGACCCACAGACGUGCCUGACCAGGGUCUGUUGUGUGACCUGCUGUGGGCCGAUCCAGACAAAGACGUGAUGGGCUGGGGUGAAAACGACCGUGGUGUCUCCUUCACGUUCGGGGCAGAUGUGGUGGCCAAAUUUUUGCACAAACACGACAUGGACCUAAUAUGCAGGGCACAUCAGGUGGUAGAAGACGGUUAUGAGUUUUUCGCGAAGAGGCAGCUCGUCACCUUAUUCUCGGCUCCCAACUACUGUGGAGAGUUUGACAACGCUGGUGCCAUGAUGAGUGUGGAUGAGACGCUCAUGUGCUCCUUCCAGAUUCUGAAGCCAGCAGAUAAGAAAUUGUAUCCUUAUGGUGGAGGGGGAGGAAUGGGAUCUGGGAGACCGGUCACCCCGCCGCGAAAUUCAGCCAAGGCCGCCAAGGCCAAGAAAUAACACCCGCCGGGUCCCCCUCCCACGACCUGCCACCCCCUGUCGACCCAACGCUCUUUUUUCCUCUACCUCCCAAACUUAUUUCUCCCUCGUCACCAAACAGCAACAAAGCAAACAAGUGUCCAGGGUUCAAUCAUGUUUUUUCUCUCUGAAACUAUUUUUAACUGUUUGUUUGGCUGUUUGUGUGUAAUUUCUGUGUGUGAAUGUGUAUAAAAAGUGAGAAUGACACAGAGGCAGUUGCUGUAUUCUGUAUGUUUGAUUUUUUUUUUUUCUUCCUUCUGUAGGCUACCCUCUGUUCUGUUUUCCUGUCAUUUUGUAGAGGUGGGCUUUUGCCUAUCCGUGAUGUAAAUUCAAACGUGGGUGCAGGGGAGGAGGGGAAGGGGUGGAGCCGGGAGAGGAGCCUUAGCUGUUUAUGUUAAGGCCCUGCACUGUUUAAUGCUAAACACAAGCUUUUGUACAUCCUGUUUUGGAGGUCUGUGUAUGUCUGUGUGAUGGAUGGGGAGGGAGCAGGGGUGGGGUCAAGUUGCACGGUCCAACGGUAACGGCACAUACCACACACUGGGUGCACAGGUGAAACUAUGUGCAGGUGAGUCCUUGAUUGAAAUGGAUUCACAACGAGACAACAUGUUUUUUUUUCUCUUCCUUUUGAAAACCAAUGAUUCGAGAACACAGUCAUGGAUGUGAAAUAGUUUUGCUUCUUUUGUAGAUACAUGAAACCAUGUUUUUUUUUUCCCUUUGGUUUUUAGUUCACUGAAAGUUAAGAUGAAUAAAAAUAACCAUUUAUUUGA